UGAGGUCAGAGGCAGAUGGAAAAGGGAACAGACAGAAUGGCCGCCGCGGCUCCCGCUCCCGCCGCCGCCUCCUCCUCCUCCUCGCAGUGCCGGAGCCCCCGCUGCACGGCGGAGCGCAGGGGAGUCCGCCGCGAACUCGACUCCUGGCGGCACCGGCUCAUGCACUGUGUGGGUUUUGAAAGUAUUUUAGAAGGGCUUUAUGGACCAAGGCUACGAAGAGACCUCAGUUUGUUUGAAGACUGUGAACCAGAAGAAGUGACUGACUGGUCUAUGGACGAAAAAUGUUCCUUUUGUAAUUUACAUAAAGAAACAGUCAGUGAUCAUACAGCAGUCAUUGGUUCUUUGCAGUCAACCCCUACAGAGGAACUGUCAUCUCAGGGCCAGUCCAACACUGACAAAAUUGAAUGCCAAGCAGAGAAUUACCUAAAUGCACUCUUUCGCAAGAAAGAUCUUCCUCAGAACUGUGAUCCUAACAUUCCCCUAGUUGCUCAGGAACUAAUGAAAAAGAUGAUCCGUCAAUUUGCAAUUGAAUACAUUUCAAAAAGUAGUAAGAUGCAAGAAAACAGAAACGGUUCAUCAUAUGAAACAAGUCUGAUACGUAAAGGUAUCCAAAUGAACCAAACGGAAAAUUCGCUUCAGGAAGAACAGGAUAGCCCUCUAGACCUCACUGUGAAUCGAACACAAGAGCAGAAUACUCAGCCAGGGGAUGGAGUGCUAGAUCUCUCUACGAAGAAAAUAAGUUUGGAACAGUCAGCAGUUGAUGGAUCAUGUUCUGAAAAUUCGGUGUCUGGUUCAAGCACAGCAGCUGGUGCAAAAUCAGACGAGGCAACUAAAUUGGAGCGAGGAAAGUCUGCACUAAACAAAGUUUUGGAGUCGUUGUGUCUGUAUCAUGGCCAUCAAAUUCUAGCUAUGUUGCAAUUUUUAAGCCAAGAACAGAACAUCUAUUCAUUUUGCCAUUGCCAGCUGCCAUAUUCUAUGCACUUUGAAACAUCUGAAGACGAUGCACACGAUCCCGUUUGCAGCUGCAAUGGCUGGAUGUUCAUGAAAAGGUGUUUACAGAAUCAAAGACCAAAUGCUUUUUUACCACCUCUGUCUGCCGGCGUGAAUGACUCGGAUCGUUUUUUAUGCCCAUCUGUGGCUGCGGGAUAUUUUAACUCCACGUUGAAUAAAGAGAUUGCUAUGCCUUACAAUCACAGGUGCUACCCCAAACCAUCACAGCAAUGUAGCAUCUACCCUGCAAGAACAGCACUUUGUACACAUCUUUCUUCAGCCAGGCAAAAGACAACCAAAGCCAGAAGUGGCCGCAGCCCUUCACCACCCCCCUUAUCCCCUGCAGAGGCAGAUGAAUAUGAUUCUUUGGAAGAAUCAGUUGCAGGUUCUUUAGCUUUAGAUAACCAAAUUGAAAUAAAUGCUAACCAGCCUCCAUCCCUGUUGCCAGCUGAAAGACUUUGCUCCGUCUGUGACCAGAAAGAUAAGAUAUGCAUUGCUGAAGUGUCUGAUAACUCGGAGGAAACUUUCCUGCGUGUGAAUCCAGAAAAUCGUCUUGUAAAUUCGGAUAAGCUUGAAAAAGUUGAACAUGCAGUUGCGUUUCAAGACUUAAUGGAUCGAAUUAAUGAGAAAUUAAAAAUGAUAGAAACGACUGAUACGGCAAACCCUGCAAAAUUAUUGAAGGAUGAUGGGAAAACUGAAACUGACACUAAAUUGCAGAAGUUUAUAGCAUCUCUCUUACGCAACGCUAAAGCCAAUGACUACAAUCUUAUGGAGCUCUUGAGCCAACAUGACACAGAAGUGGAAAAUAAAGUUAUCCAAACCAGAUUUCGCAAACGGCAAGAAACCUUGUUGGCCAGGCAUAAUUCCCCUGACUCAUCAUUGUUUAGACGGCAAUCUUUACAGAUUAAGAGGGAACUUGCCAGUCUUGAGGAAACUGUUAUAAGGAAAAAGGCGGGUUCAGAGAGAAAUAUGAAAAAGCCUACAAGAAACGACAAAAAAAUAUCGCCAAGCACAACUGACAAUCAUAGUGUGUUAAAAGAUGCUGCUUUACAAAAUCACGACAAUAAAGACAAGCUAUUUUCGCCUGUUAAAUCUAAGUCUUUAGCAGUUUGUCAGCAAGAGUCACUCGAGCUACCUCAUAACGAUCUAGAAACCAGUUCUGGUUCUGUGGCACUUUCAGAAAAUAACUCUACAAAAUCCCAUACUAACUUGGUUAAAAUGCAUGGAGAUUGUGGAGCUGAAGUACAUACAGAUCAGGUCUCUGUAAAGGGAAAGGAUAACGGUAUAUUGGAUGGGACCAAGCAUAACAGCAUGAUUCCCCCCAUGUGGUGUUCUGUGUUUGUGACAAACAAUUUUUUAUUUUCCAAGCCCUCAAAGGCAAAAAAACCUCCCAAUUGUGUAGAAAAAGAGAAAAUGUUUAAAGAUUUUCAGGCAACAGCAUAUAGCAGUGAAGAUAUAAAUAAGAUUGUACGGAACACAAAUCUGCACGUGGUGGUGGAACGUUUGGAAGAUACAAUACAUAUGGCUCAAAAGACUAAAAAUCCAUUGUUCAAUGGCUAUAAAAUAUCCAGCGCACUGAAAGAUAUUCACAAAUGUGAUGCCAGCAGUCCUAAAACUGGCUUUCUUAUUAGCAUGAAUGAAAUUGGAAACAAGAGUCAGUAUGUACUAUCACAGGCUCAUUUGCCAUGUAGCAAUGAUAGCAAGGGCUGUGUGUCCAUUGAAGAAAAAGAAAUAAUUGGUGAAGGAUGUAAAAAUAUUCAGAAAUCGUCAUCCUUUGAUUCAGCUGUAUUGACUUCCAAUAAUGAGGACCUGCAAACAAGUUCUAAUGCUGGAGAUAGUUCAUCGGUUCUCAAAUACACUAGUCCUAUAAAACUUAUGUUCCUUUCAGAGAUUAACAGUAGUGAAGGAGUCAAAUACACUCUAACAUCUGUUCACGAUUCUGCUAAAUUAAACAUUGAUCUUUAUUCUGUUCAGAGAGAAAAAAGUAUAGUUUCAGAAAAACCAUCAGAAAUACAAGAUACGAAAAACAUUUCCGCUGAAGAAUGUGCCUAUGGUUGCAGUGAAAAUAGUCACAAAAAUGAAGUGAAUUCUGCUUUACCUGCAAUAAUUGCUAGUAAAAUAAAUGUUAAUGAACAUAAGCCCAGUGAAGAGACUGUUGAACAAAGCAACAGCGAAUCCUGCCUGAAAAGAAGACCUGGCCGACCCAAGAAAAUAGGUCCUCAAGUUGUGAAACAAGUUAAACGACCAAUUGGGCGACCUCCAAAGCCAAAGACAGAUGUGGCUGAAAAUUCCAGCAAUCCAAGUGAUUCCAUUAGUUCUGGGAAAUGUGCCAAAUCUAAUGCAGAACCACUGGAGGAGGAGAAUAUUAACAAAAAUAUUACUGUAACAGUUGUCUUUGGAAGAUCACGAAGGAUUAAGAGAUGUGUUUCUGAAGGUAGUGUGGUCAGUGUGGUACCAGGCCCUCCUGGUGAUUGUGAUUCUGCUGAUGAGUCUGCUGUAGUAAAGCAGAACUUGCCAAACAGAAAUGGUUUGCCCAAAAACAAAGCUAUGCAAAAUUCUGUUCCUGAAAACAAGACCUGUGCAGCUGGUUAUGAAUACGUCAGACCUCUAGAGAGCAGCCAAGUGCUACCAUCCCAUUGCAGCAAUAUUGUAAGACCAAACCAGAAGCCUUUAAAUGUGAUUAGGAAACCUGGUAGGCCAGCAAAAGUAAAAAUAUCUGGCAUAUCAGUGACUGUUAAUCAGAUUUCAUCUCAGGAAAGAAAAGUGAGCAUUAGCAGCUGCCUGCCUCCUUUAGAGCAAGAAAAAAGUGUAUCAUCUAUGGAGGAUCACAAGCAGUGCAAUAUGACAGAUCAUGGAGAUAAUUUUCAAAAUGAUACAAAUGAAGAUUGUUUGCACAAUGAAAUUGCAAUAGCCUCCAAAAAGCCUGAAAUUCCUUUGAGGCAAUCCCUUAGAGAGAGAAGACCGUCAAUGCCUUUUUUACAUUCGUUAGCAUCUUCUAGCUCAUUAUCUUGUAAGAGUGCCUUUGUACAUAAAUCAUAUAAGUUCUGUUUGAAAAAUGCUAAAGAUCAAAAAUUAAAAUGUGACUUAAAUGUGAGUGUGCCACCCAAAGAUACCUCAGAAAAUGAGAAUCCGAGAAAAGCAAGCAAAGGUUCUGAGAAUAAUACAUCGAGGCCCUUAAACGAAACUUCAUCAGAUCCCAUUGUUUCAUCCAGUUCUUCCCUUAGAUGGUGGGAUCCAUCAGUUUCUAAUGAUACUCUGUUAAAAGAACUGAAUAGUCGAUACGAACAUAUAACAAACACUUGGUUGCACGUAAACGGAGAAGGUUUUGAAGAACGCCUGUACAAAGAAGGGUGUCAUAUUGAGCAAGACUGUAGCAUUGAAGUAUCAAACUCCUUGGACUCUUGCAUUUUACAGUUUGAAAACUCACCUAUAAAAAUGCUUUUCCAGAAAAAAUGUAAUCUAGAAGAGCUGUGCACGUGGUUUAUGCAAACAACGGAAACACAGUCACUUUCAUUAGUGAGAAAGGCAAACGCUCGCAACCCUUUUGAAGUAAUUAGCACAAGACAAUUUAAAAUGGGAACAAGACAAUCUGAUUGUAAUUCUAAUCCUUUCAGAAAGCACUUUAAAAAGUUUGCACUAUCUACACCUUCAAAAUCAGCAGGGAAAUUGCAAAAUUUACAUAAAACGGUCAGGUCUCAAGUCUUAAACAGGAAGCAUAAUUUUUCAUUAGCUAAAUUAAGAACAGAACUUGAGAACCUGCAGCACGAUCAGUGGAAGCAAGUGAGACAAUUGUAUAAUCAUGGAAUGAGUAACUGGAAAUGUAAAAAAAGAAACCUGCGAUUCUUCUGCCAAAGCCCCUGUUUUGCUAAUGGAAGUAGGAAAAUUAAUGACGAAAUGGGCAUGUGCCUGGGGAAUGGUACAGUAGAAAACCAAUCACCUGCAGCUCUAGUAGGAUCCCACAGAAUCGUGCCAUCUACUGAAACCAAAAUAAGAGAAACAUGUUUUCAAGAGAAGACACAACUGUCUGACCUCAGCGCACAAUCUGACCUGAUAAAUAAUUGUAAACCGAGCGCACAGUUGACACACUAUAACCAGCAAAAUAUUGCAAAAGCACAGAUCCCUGGAGAAUUUGGUGAAGGAGCGUGGAAUGGCAAAACCCUUAAGGACUGCAGAAUAUUUCUGAAGAAAAUCAAUUCCAGCAAAGACCAACGUUCAUUUCAUAAAAAUCCCGCAGAAUCUCUUGAUCGUAGUACCAGCCUUAGCUACUUCCAGGGAAAGGGGCAUUGUACUUUAAAGUCCCAUUCUUCUCGAGAAAAUAUGUCCGACGGGUGUGAAAAUAAUCUAGAGGCAUCUAAAGGAGUUAAACAUUCCAACUUGGAUAAAGGGCUACACACUGAACAAGGUCGCAGGAAAUCAAGCAAACGUGUCACUUUUGAUGAUGGCCCUACUGAGAUCCCUAAAAAAAUGAACAAGAAAAGGAGAAUACAAGGCAAGCCCACCAGUAUGGACAUAAGAAAAAGGAACAAGAGGCGAUUAUGCAGCUCUGGCCAAGUGUCAAGUUGUUACACAAAAUACCAACUAGGGCCUCUUAAACCCGUCGGAUUGCCUUUGCUGGGUGGAUUUGCAAGCAGAGCUGUCGAAUACUCCAUGAUCCCAUUUCAGUUGCCUCUUCAUGGAAGCUCCCAAGUCUAGCAGCGAAAUCCAUGAAGUCUCCAGCUGAGUCCAUCCAUCUCCCAGUCUCUAAUAAGCAUGCAAUACUGUGAAUGGUUGUUUUUCAAAAGCGAGCAGGUCAUUGACGUCAUGCCAUUGCAAAACUGCUUCCGCAAACUAGACAUGAAACUCCUUUCCAGGGCUGUUUUUAAGGCAGUUACAGUUGGGGGUUGCUUGAACGGCAGCAUAUUCCACAUGGACUAAGAGCUGCUUCCAACAAGCACAGUCCACCAGGAAAAACACCCCCCCAGGGAUCGAGUCCCCUCUGAUUACAAGCAAGCACCUUAUAACUAACUUCGGAACGUGCAUGCCAAAGUGUGUUUAGAAAUGGUUAGCUGUGAUUCAGUUGCAAUGCGCAGAUCUUGCAUGUUUGCCAAACUGGCUUCCAGGAUUGCUAUUUUAAUCCCCAAAUUCCAAGUAAAAUGGGUGUGUUGUCUACUUAUUCUUAUGUGACAGUUUGCACACAUUGAAAUGCACAUCUUUUUUUUUUUUUCUUCAAUGGAAGCAACUCUAUAGAAUAUGUUUGAAAUUGCAGCUGCAGAAACAUUUCUCUGGCCGUUGAGAUUGCGAUGAUGAGCCCUCUGUGUGUGUGAAUGUGUUUAUUUUGUCUUGAUAUUCGCUUUCCCCCAUAGAGCUUCCUUCCAGUUGUCCCUUUUGAGGGGCAAAUUGUCUACAAAGGGAUCUUUACUGGAUACCACAGACUUCGGCACUGUUUCCUCACCUGAGACAGACUUACAGGAAUGUAACUCUCGAAAGCUAUGGGCUCAACCAAAUGCCAUGUGGAGAAUGUUAGCAUUCCUAGACAAUAAGUGAAGAAAAUUAAUGGAAAAGUGAAGUUGACACAGCAAAAAUUAUCCCCCCCCCCCUUCAAUCCAGCUUCAGACCACUGAGUUCCCCACCCCAACAUUCAGCUCCUGAGAGUUGAGGGAACGCAUGGGAACAAAGCAGGAAUCUGCAACGGGGUGGGGGAAUUUAGCAGAACAGGCCCUGCCCGCCUCCGCCAACAGAAGUGCCAUUACGACAGUUAGGUGGGAGAGCGUUCUGCAACCUAAGCUCUGGUCCAUCUCUAGUUAAGCACAAAGAUGCACAUUCUUUUCUACAGCGAAGGACCUAUAGAGCUACUUCAGCCUGGCCUAGCUGAGCAUCAUGACAGAUGUGCUUCUUCAUUGCUCUUGUGAAGAGAAGCCUGCUCCUUGGUUGGAUGUGGGCUCUAGUCUACAGGAUAUAACUGAGCAUAGAGGUGACUGUUACAGGAAGUAUCUUGAAGUCCAAAAUGGAAGAAACUGGAAAUGAGGUCCUAACGUUUAGUUCUAGACCUUUUGGGGGUUAGACUUUCUUGGGGUUCUAGACCUUCUUGGCAUGGGGCUUCCAGAUACUUUUUCUGAUAAUAAACCUCUGUCUGUA